GCGGGGAUGAAGGCUGCAUGUGGCGGUGUGUGUGUGUCAACUGCUCGGAUGCGUUUCACGACGUCUGAGCUUCGCUUCUUUUCGCCUCCUUUGCUCAGUAGUUGACUCGUCCUUCUACCCACCUACCUGUCCCCGCCAGCGGACCGGCCCACCAAGGACUUUUUUCCCCCCUUUAAAGAUGGGUGUGUGGCACUCUGUACCUGGCCCGCCAGAAUACAGACAACUGGCGGAAAAGACGGGCUUCAGCUGCGAGCAGAUAGGAGUUCUGCAUAAAAGAUUCAAGCAGUUGAGCCACGACGAAGACACCCUGAGGAGGGAGCACUUCAUGGCCAUCCCAGAUCUGGCGUGGAAUCCCAUCCGUCUGGAGAUCAUAGGGGCGUUCUUCGACAGGAGAAACUUUGUGCCAGCUGGAGACGGCACGGUGGACGAGAUCCGCCUGGAGGAGUUUGUGGUCAUCAUGUCCCAUUUCAAGCCGCCUUCGCUGAGCAUGACGGACGAGGAGCGGGACAGCAUCAGGAAGGAGAAACUGAGAUUUUUAUUCAACAUGCACGACAACGACAACGACGGGAUAAUAACGCUGGAGGAAUACAGACAUGUGGUAGAGGAGCUUCUAUCUCGCAGCGGGUCCAUCGGCAAGGAAACGGCCGAAAGCAUCGCAGAGGCCGCCAUGUUGGAAGUGGCCGCUAUAUCGAUGGGUCACAUGGAACCUGACGAGUUCUAUGAGGGCAUCACAUUUGAGCACUUCCUCAAGCUGCUGAAAGACUUUGAGAUUGAGGCGAAGAUGAACGUCCGCUUUUUGAACAUGGACACGACAAAUCUAUGCAAGUGACGUUUGUACGAAUCCAAUAUUAAGUCAUGACUGUAUAUACAGUACAGUAUGCGUGCAUUGAGCAGCACCGCUUUUGAGAAACUAUGCAAAUCCCUACACAAUGCACACAUUCUUCUUAUGCAACAGCAUUUGUAUAUAGUCCAAAUGCAAGCCAAUAUGCAAGAUGUGGGGAUGCGGGUUUGACUUUGUAUGCACAUACUUUCAAAGGGUUAUUGACAAUGUUCCCUCUAAGGUGCACGCCUGUGCAAUUGCGCACUGCUCAAGCGUCCUCUGCGCACGGCAAAUAUAUACCACGCACAAAAUCAAAUUAAAAAAUAAGCGCAUAACAAUUUUCGAGACGACACGGACACGACAGAGAAAACAGUUUUCGUCAUCAUUGUUGAAAUAUUGUAACGUCUGUCGACAUGAGGACAUGAAUUCCAUCGAUCACUGUACUGAGCAAAACGCUUUAUUGUUGGCCAUAAACACAUCACCAAAACAUUAGUAAAAAAAAUUAUAUCUAGCAAAACUGGUCAUUUUCUGCAGUACAAACCAGACCAAAACCAACUUUGUUAUAUCAACAGCAGCCGCUUGCUCUUUCUCACUUGCGCCAACACAUGCACAUAUGGCACUUAGCCAGUGAUGCGUUCACAGCCACAAAAAAAGUCGGACAACUCCAACACCACACAUAAAGUGUAAUUCCAGGUCGUUACACUAUGAUUUACCAAUCAAAUGUAUGCUUAUUCUAGUGUCAUUUAUUAGGAAUAGGGAUGUCGAUAUUAUAUUAUCGGCCGAUAAAUGUGUUAAAAUGUAGUAUCGGAAAUUAUCGGUAUCGUUUUUUUUUUAUUAUCGGUAUCGGUUUUUUUCGUUUUGUUUUGUUUUUUUAUUAAAUCAACAUAAAAAACACAAGAUACACUUACAAUUAGUGCACCAACCCAAAAAUCUCCCUCCCCAUUUACACUCAUUCACACAAAAGGGUUGUUUUUUUCUGUUAUUAAUAUUCUGGU